AAUAAAAAAAAAAAGAGUUUGUGUACGUCAAAAGCCUUGAUUUCAUCAUUUAAAAAAAUACCAAACUAAUAAUCAAGAAUUGUGAAUUCUCGUGAUAUCAUAUUAUUUUAAUUUUUUUCUUCUAUUUUUUUUACACACACAUAUGUAAAAAAAAUAUACAUGCAUAAUGCAUAUAUAUGCAGUUAAAAAAACACAUAUGUAAUUGUACAUAAUUUUUUUAUUUUGAUUAUAAACGUUUAAUUAAUCAAGCAUAUAAAAAGUUUACUUUGUGUAUUAAUAAAAAAAGCAAAAAAUCAGUAACCCAAGUGUUAAAUCAAAUCAACACUUAUAAAUCAGGAAUUUUUUGAUGCAUUGAAUAUAAAAAUUACUCCUGGUUGAAGAUAAAUAUUUGGUAAAUAAAACGAGAUGGCUGAUUGUAAAUCUGCAGCAUCAAUUGUCAAUGGUGUUGAUGAUAAAACUGCUCUGAUGGAAGUUGUUAAUGAUGGUGAUAAUGAAAUUGAUGGUGAAGAAUCAGAUGGAGUAAUUGUGCCAGAGCUUCAAGGUACACUAUCAAAAUGGACAAAUUUUAUACAUGGUUGGCAAACACGUUUUAUUGUUUUGAAAGAUGGUACAUUGUCAUAUUAUAAAUCAGAACAAGACAGUGGUUUUGGUUGUCGUGGUUCAAUAAGUCUUUACAAAGCAACAAUCAAGAGACAUGAAUUUGAUGAGUGUCGAUUUGAUGUUUCUGUUAGUGAUUGUUUGGUCUGGUAUCUUCGUGCAAAUUCACCAGAAGAAAAACAAAGAUGGGUUGAUGUAUUAAAAUCAUACAAGGCUGAAUCUGGAUAUGGAAGUGAAAAUAGCUUGAAACGUCAUGGUAGUACUGUAUCAUUAAUAUCAAAUACACAAUCAACAACAAGUGGUGGUAGUUUUAGUAAACGUGGUACACGUAAUUUAAAAGAAAAAAUUGCUGAAUUAGAAACAUUUAAAGAUAUAUUAACACAACAAAUUGAUACAUUACAAAAAUAUUUUGAUAAUUGUGCUGAUAUUGCAAAACAAACAUCAUUAAUUAAUGAUAAUUUAAUAAAUGAUGCAUCAUUAAAAUCAAUUGAUUUUAAAGGUGAAGCUAUUACAUUUAAAGCAACAAGUGAUGGUGUAUUAGCAACACUUUGUCAUUGUGUUGAAUUAAUGAAUCAACGUGAGGAUGCAUGGAGAAGAAGAUGGGAUAAAGAAAAUGAAAAAAAACGUAAAAUGUUGGAGCAUUAUAAAUUAUUAAAAGAUCAAGUUAAUAUGAAUCGUGCUGAUGCAAAUAAUAGACCAAGAGUACUCAUUCAUGGAGGUCCAGAUUACGAGGAGGGUCCACAUAGUGCUCUUUGUGAUGAUGAAUUUUAUGAUGCUGUUGAGACUGGACUUGAUAAAAUUGAUGAAGACAAUCAAUUGAGAGAUCGUUUGAAACAAAAAUCUGUUUCGAUUGUACAAAAUCCAGUUUCAUCAGCUGCUGUUAAUCAUAAAUUAUGGCCUGAGAUUGAAAAAGUAACAAUGGAACAGCUGCACUAUGCUCGCUUGGGUGUUGGUGAGGAUGUUGGUGUUUGGCAAUUAUUUGCUGAAGAUGGUGAAAUGCGAAUGUACAGACGUGAAGAAGAGGUCGAUGGUCUUGUUGUUGAUCCAUUAAAAGCAUGUCACGUUGUUCGUGGUGUUACUGGCCGUGAACUUUGUCAAAUUUUUUUCAGUCCAGAAUAUCGUAGUGGUUGGGAAACAACACUUGAAGAUAUGACUGUUGCUGAAACAAUAUCAAAUGAUACAUUAAUAUUUAUGCAAACACACAAAAGAAUAUGGCCAGCAAGUCAACGUGAUGCAUUAUUUUGGUCACAUAUACGAAGUGUACCUGACACUGAAGAUCCAGAUGCUUCAGAUCUUUGGAUUGUUUGUAAUCACAGCACAGAACUUCCUCAAUAUCCCCCAAAUACUGGAAAAUGCGUGAGGGUGUAUUUAACAGUUUGCCUUGUUGGUCAAACAUUCAUUGAUCCUCCAAAAGAUUCGAAAAAAAUUAGUCGUGAAGACAUCUCCUGCAAAAUUACAUACUGCUCAGUUGUUAAUCCUGGAGGUUGGGCACCAGCUUCAGUACUUCGUGCUGUUUAUAAACGUGAAUACCCCAAAUUUUUAAAACGUUUCACAAGUUACUGCAUUGAACAAUGCAAAGAUAAACCAAUUCAAUUUUAA